UCCUUCAUCUAUCCCAGGAACUAGGUCAGAGGAAAAAAAUACGAAUAAGAAUGUGCGGGUCUAGAAGCAGGCACUAUCACGGACAGCUACACUUCUAGAAGGUUCUAGGCGGUGCACCAAGUCCAGAGGCAGAGGGAGUAGGAAUGAGCGAGCCAAGGACCGGGGUCACGAGGCCGUUGUAGGGGAGGAGCCAGCGGCUGAGGAGGUUCUAGUCUGUUCUGCCUCGCGGCAGCCGCCCCCUUCUCGGUCACGUUUAGCCGCGCCCGGGCCAGGCCUUGGGCCUCCACCGCCUCCCACCGCUUCCAGCCUCCCGCCUCUCGACCAUGGAUCCCCGCAAAGUGAGCGAGCUUCGGGCCUUCGUGAAGAUGUGUAAGCAGGAUCCGAGCGUCCUGCACGCCGAAGAAAUGCGUUUCCUGAGGGAGUGGGUGGAGAGCAUGGGGGGUAAAGUACCACCUGCUACUCAUAAAGCCAAGCCAGAAGACAAUGUCAAGGAAGAAAAAAGAGAUAAUAAAACAGAGGAAAACAUAAAGACGGAUGAACCAUCAAGUGAGGAGAGUGAUCUAGAAAUUGACAAUGACGGUGUAAUUGAGCCAGACACUGGUGCCCCUCAAGAAAUGGGAGAUGAAAAUGCAGAGAUAACUGAGGACAUGAUGGAUCAAGCAAAUGAAAAGAAGGGCGCUGCCAUUGAAGCCCUAAAUGAUGGUGAGCUGCAGAAAGCAAUUGACUUAUUCACUGACGCCAUCAAGCUAAAUCCCCGUUUGGCUAUUCUGUAUGCCAAGAGAGCCAGUGUCUUCGUCAAAUUACAGAAGCCAAAUGCUGCCAUUCGAGACUGUGACAGAGCCAUUGAAAUAAACCCUGAUUCUGCUCAGCCAUACAAGUGGCGAGGGAAAGCACACAGACUCCUGGGUCACUGGGAAGAAGCAGCUCAUGACCUCGCCCUUGCCUGUAAGCUGGAUUAUGACGAGGACGCCAGUGCAGUGCUGAGAGAAGUUCAGCCUCGGGCACAAAAAAUUGCUGAACAUCGGAGAAAGUAUGAGCGCAAACGUGAGGAGCGAGAGAUAAAAGAAAGAAUAGAAAGGGUAAAGAAGGCUCGAGAGGAGCAUGAGAGAGCCCAAAGGGAAGAAGAAGCCAGAAGACAGUCUGGAGCCCAGUAUGGCUCUUUUCCAGGUGGUUUUCCUGGGGGAAUGCCUGGUAAUUUUCCUGGAGGAAUGCCUGGCAUGGGAGGGGGCAUGCCUGGAAUGGCAGGAAUGCCUGGACUCAAUGAAAUCCUCAGUGACCCAGAGGUUCUUGCGGCCAUGCAGGAUCCAGAAGUCAUGGUGGCUUUCCAGGAUGUGGCCCAGAACCCAGCAAAUAUGUCAAAAUAUCAGAGUAACCCAAAGGUUAUGAAUCUCAUCAGUAAAUUGUCAGCCAAGUUUGGAGGUCAAGCGUAAUGUCAUAACAAUGCUGAAUGAAGAACAGCUUAGCUCACUUACUGGAUGUUGCAAUAAUACAAACCAGUGUACCUCUGACCUCAUCUGGAGAGCUGGGGUGCUUCCAAGAUAAUCCCUUUCUGCAUCAAAUGCAGCUGAAGCAUUUUACAGUGGUUUGCCAUUAGGGUCUUCAUUCAGAUAAUGUUUUCCUAUUAGGAAUUACAAACUUAAAACAGUUUUCAACCUUACACAUAUUUUUUAAAAAUUUAGGGGGUGUUAAUUUCUACAUUUUUCUUUACUAAUCUUUUUGGGUUUUUCCUUUGAAUAACUGGGCAAGGAAGCUGAAUAUGGUCGACUUAACUGCUCUCAUGAAUGGAAAUAAAGAUUUGUUAGUGGGAAGCAAAUAAAACCCAUUUAAGUUGAGUUGGACAUACAGUUACUGAAGCAUCUUGAUUUGUCUUUAUUUAGUGUUUUAUUUCAAAAUGAUCUAUUUCAGUGAAUCUCAUGGGACCACCGUAUUUGGAUCUGACCUGGGUGGGACUGAAGUGUUGGACAGAGCAGCAAGUCCUAGGUUUUGUUUGACCUUGUGCAAGCUGCAUUUAAAUCUUACACUGUACUGCAAGGGCGAUUUUUAUUUUUAUCAUUUAAUAAGUGUUAACAGUGGAUUUACAAUAGUUCUGCCAUUCUCCACUGAAGUAAAUGUUCCAUGCUAUUCCUAUAUAGAGGAAAAAAUGCUUUCUAUGUUUGUCAAAAAUUACCUUUCCUAUUAGAAAUACUUGUCUGCUUGUUCUCUUAAUUUUCUUGAACUAAACACAGUGAUUUUUCACUAACAUCCUCACUUCUCUCACUCACAGCAUAAUUGUGGAAGCAUAUUUAUUGCUAGCUUAAUUUCAUACAUAGCACAUAGGGUAAUUGUAGGGCCAUACCUGUAACAGCUGUGGUAUCUUACUUGGCCAUGGGGUUGCUUGUUUAAAUACUAAACUUUUACACUUGUGAACUCCUAUCAUAUCAGAAGUCAUUGGAAAGAAGGAUUCCCUUUGGUUUUAUUUAGGUUGCUUAUGAAAUUGAGAAACAAUUACGAUUUUAGAGUUCAUGUUGAAGUAUACAUCUUUGUAUUUUGAAGAGUUUAAUUGUUUACAUAUGAUGAAAGAUUCAUUUGUCCUAUUUAGCUCUUAAAUACUUAGGAUGUAUUUAAUGCCUAUUUUCGCUCCUGCUCCAAGGAUAAAGAAAACGAUAAAUCCAGAGUGCAUAUUUAAAUAAGCACAUAUCUGAAAUCAUAUGUUCAUACAGGUUUUAGCUGUUUCAUACAGCAGACACUGAUGCAUCUUGUUACCUGUACGAAAAAGCUGUAUUUGAGCAUAGCAUGCGUUUAAAGUCCUUGACAAUUAUCACAUAUUCUUAAAUUUGAGCUUUGCACGGUGUUCUUUUUGUUCAAGUGUGUUCUCCUUUCAUAGUUUACAUGGUGUGCUGUGCAUUAUUACUGAAGAUCAGCUUCUCUUGGAUUCUGGCUAUAUAUGACCUAAUUAUAUUCUAAUAUUGCAAAUAUUAUCAUAAAUGAGGUGAAAUUGCUCUUCUGAAAA